UUGGAAGUGACAGUAAGUUGACAAGUGACAAUUUUGGAAAAAAUCUAAUAAUUGUGAAUUUUGUUUGCCAAUACAAAAACCCAAUUAUUUUAUUAGCAUAACAAAGUCAUUAUAGAAUCUUAGUGUAAUUCGUAGGUUGAAUAUUAGCUACAAGAUUUAUGAAAUGGGUAGCAGCUUAUAACAAGCGACACUGAAUUUUUUUCUCUGGUGUACAGAAUAAGAUUGGAGAGUCGAUAUCUUAUUGUAAAUACUAUGGCAGGCGACGAAGAUGAUAACACAUGGCUUAUUGAAUUGGAGUCAGCAUUGUUAGAUGGAUGUUCACCACAAGAAAUCAAUGUUAUUACUAAAGGCAAAAAGAUACCGGAUAGCCUUCGUCCUGAUGUUUGGCUUGUGUGUCUAAAUUGUCAAGAUGGUGUUAACCAAUUACUUCUUUUUGAUGAAAUUUUUGAUUUACCAAAUCAAAAUGAACUACGGGAUGAUGUUAAGAAGUUUGUUCAAAGAUUGGAUAAUGAAGAUGAAGAGAAACUAGCAGUAAUAUCAGACAUAGAGUCUAUUAUAACAUUUUAUUGUAAAUCUAAGUCAAUUUCAUAUUCUUCAAAUAAUGGUUGGAUUGAAAUUCUGUAUCCAUUAUUAAGUUUAAAAUUACCAAGAUCUGAUACAUACAAUUUAUUUGAAAAAAUAAUUAAACUAUACAUUCCAAAAGGCUGUAUAACCAAUGGGGUCCCAUUUCAUAUUUUACGAUUGGUUUUACAAUAUCAUGAUCCAGAACUGUGUUCCUUUUUGGAUACAAAACGAAUUACACCAGAACAGUAUUGUUUGCCAUGGCUAAGAUCUCUUUUUGCUGGUACCUGUAAUUUAGAGGUGGUUUUAUUUAUGUGGGAUCUAUAUUUUCAACGAUCAGACCCAUUUUUUAUCUUUUUUCUCUGCCUAAUAAUGAUUGUAAAUGCAAGAGAGCAGUUACUUCAAAUGAAAACUGAGGAGAAGUCCACAAUUAUUAAAACUUUAGUUGGCAUGCCUGGUGACUUAGAGGCCAAUGAUGUAUCAGAUUUUUGUUCUUUAGCACAUUAUUAUUCAUUGAAGACCCCACAAUCAUUCCGUGAAGAUGUCUUAGAAGUAUUAUUUUCAGAGAGUGGAUUAGAAAUUAAUUCAAAACUUUAUUCUCAAGCUCUGUGUCUUCCUGUUGCUGUGCACGAACUAAUUGAGAGUGCUACGGUAGAUGCUGCGGAUGUGGACAGUGUAAAAUUUUUCUUGGUGGAUUGUCGACCUGCAGAGCAGUAUAAUGCGGGUCACUUAUCAACUGCUUUUCACCUUGACUGUAAUCUGAUGUUGCAAGAACCAAAUGCUUUUAACACAGCUGUACAAGGCUUACUAAAUGCACAACGCCAUGCUUUAGCGGCUGGCUCACUUGCUGCAGGUGAACAUUUAUGUUUUGUUGGCUCAGGACGAACUGAAGAAGAUAGUUACGCACAUAUGGUCGUUGCGUCAUUCCUAAAGAAAAAUACGAAACAUGUGUCGAUGCUCGAUGGUGGAUUUGUAGCGAUUCACGACUACUUUGGCCCUCAUAUGACAGAUUGUUUGGAAGAACAUAACAUUUCUACAUGUCUAGUAUGUGCCCCUAAUAAUAACAAUGUUAAUAAUGAACAGCGCAAAGCAAAAGUCCGCGAAAAUGUACCGGCUAUACAACUUUUCAGUAAAUUAUCAUCUGCAAUGAAAGCAAAGAGUCAAGAGGUGAAAGGAAAAUUAAUCGAAUAUAUUGUUAAUCCUAACGCGAAUGUCAAUAAUGGGGAAUGGCAUGUUUCUGCCAAUGAUCGUAAAGAUCAUAGGUACAGAAAUGUACCUCCAGUGUUUAGUAUAAAUGACGAAGAUGACGACUCACAUUCCGAUUCACGAAGAGAUAUUAUGAGCUCGGAUUCUUUGGAAGAAAUAGUCGAACUGCAAACAUUCCUUAAAGGACAUAAUGUUAUAGAUAACUUUCAAUGUCAAGAAGUUUUACUUAACGGUUACAUGUAUGAUUCAUAUUUGAUCGUCACUGAUACACAUUUAAUAAUAUUACGUGAAAUUCCUAACAAACGUGGCUUUGCGAAAAUAUUAUCGCGAAGGCCACUUUCUACUAUUGUAAAAAUAACUGCCAAGAAGAGACACCCGGAGCUAAUAACGUUUAAAUAUGGAAUUCCGAACGGUGAUGACCUAUUAAUAAAAGAUAUGGAUCGUUUUCUUAUACCUAACGCGUCCGUAGCGACUAAAGUUGUAUCUAAUCAGAUUGUACAACAGUUGGAUAGUAAAAAUUAGUAAUUAGAUUGUCUUUAUUUGCUAAGAGACAUCGAAUUUUGAGUCAUUACUUUUUAAAUGUCGAUUACAUUUGUAGAAUGGAACGUUAUUUAGGGUUAAAAUAUAUAUGAAUAGUUAUUAUUUUAAAAGCAUUGACGACGAACUAAUACAUGCAUAAGUGUAAUGUCCAUAUUUAAAUAUUUAGUAAAAUUAUAAAACAGAUAUGAAUAAUAUUUAUAUUUAUCCACUGCCUUUCAAGCUACUACUUGACUAUUAAAAUUGACUUGGUCUAAAGCGAGAAAUAUAGCCCAUGUUUUGCCAUUUCAAACUUCACCUUAUCAUUUUCUUAAGACAUUCAUAGUAAUACAAAAAAGGUGUUAAUCAUAUAAUAAUAAUAGUCCAAUUACCGUGAUGCUGGAUUUUAUUUUUAAUGUUAUUUUGCAGUAAUGUUUCAUUUGCGAUAUGCAUUUAUCUAUAAUGAAUCACUACAAUUAAUCAACAUUGCACAUAGAACCUAACCUAAUAUGAUAAGGACAUCGAAAUAACAUUCAGUGAAGCUAAGUUUUAAUACAAUUGAAUAUGAGUUUAUUCCGUUUCUGUGAUUUUAAUAAUAUACAGUCGAAAAUAAGCGAGAGCCAUUGUCCGACGACGUCCGACGACUUCCAUAGACAAAAAAAAUGUCACGAUACCUUGCACUCUUUCUUAUCGAUUUGAUUGAAUAAUUAUUAUAGUAAUAUUUAUAUGAAAAUCCAACAAAUUGUAUGUGAAGUUUAUAUUAAUACACCUGUGGUGUUUAUUAUAUUUUCUUUAGAAUAAGAUCGCUUGUUUAACUAUAUUUUAGACCACACAUGUGCAUUUGCGAAACGCACAAAUUUGUUAUUUGCCGUGAAUAUUUUAUAAUAUGAGUUUAACAAUCAAAUCAAAUUAAAUGUGGCAUGAAGAGGCAUAAAUUUAACAUGUACCUGCUUCCUAUUUUAUUUUUAAUCACUAAUUUUUAAUAAACAACAGAAAUAAAUCGCUAGAUUUGAUCUCUGAUUUUCUUACAAAUUACGGUUGUUGAAAGUUUAUUUUUCUUUUUAAAAUCUAACAACCUUUAAAUUAAGGAUUAUUCCAUGUAUUUUUCUAUUAGAUUGCCGUCUUAUAAAGCUUUAUCUAUCAAUUAUUAGUACUUUUAAUAAGUAACAACACGAAUGUAUGUUUUAUUAGUAUAGUAUAUGUAGAUAUGCACAUUUUGUAUUUUCAAUUGUAUGUCCGACCAUUUUCUAUAAGUUAAUAUAGUAUUACACGUUUUUGAUGAACAUAUUUGUUGUGAUAUAAACCACAUACUUAAAAUAGAGUUUUUAUUAGAGGUAUUAUUGUUAUAAGUUCUUAUAACUAC